AUGUGGUCUCACCUGAUCCAAGCCAUCGUCGCUUGCGCCGCCAUAGCUCCAGUCAAUGCACAGUCUCCCACACACACCGGCGGCCCGUCCUCGACAGAUGAUCCUUUAGCGAUUUACACCAUCGCAGCAGAGAACAUUACGGCCAAGUUCAUUCCAUAUGGCGCCCGUCUGAUCUCUCUCCUCGUGCCUGAUCGAGAUGGAGCUGAACAGGACGUUACCCCCGGCUAUGAUACCGGCGCAGAGUAUGUGAUCGACUCGGAAAACAACCACACCUUCUUCGGUGCCAUUGUUGGUCGAUAUGCCAAUCGCAUCAAGAAUGGCACCUUUACCAUUGACGGAAAUACCUACCAGAUCCCACAGAACGAGAACAACGGCUCCGACACCCUCCAUGGAGGUCUUGUAGGAUAUGACCAAAGGAACUGGACGGUCGUGUCGGCGUCAAGCUCAAGCAUCUCAUUUAGUCUGCUUGACACUGGAUUUGAAGGCUUCCCGGGAACCGUCCUUACAGUUGCUACCUAUACAGUGGCGGCUUAUCCAAGUGGCCCACAAGGAGAAAUGCGACCGCGACUUACCACCUCACUCGUGUCCCAUGCCCUCGACGAGCCAACACCUAUUAUGCUAGCAACACAUUUCUACUGGAAUUUAAAUGCUUUCAAGGAAGAGACCAUGUUGAACGAUACUAAAUUGUGGAUGCCCUAUGCGGAUCGAUACAUCGAGGUCGACCCUAUCCUUAUCCCCACUGGUGCUAUUGGCACUGUCGAUACCGUGCCUGCACUAGACUUUACUUCUCCAAAGCUGCUUGGUGAAUCUAUCAAGGGUGCCCAAGGUCUGUGUGGAAACAAUUGCACAGGAGUCGACAACGCCUUCAUCAAUGAUAGACCAGUCGAUGCAGGCGCCACCUCGACGGGCUAUCCAGUCUUGUCCAUUUGGUCAGACACCACUGGCAUUCAGAUGGACAUCUCGACCAACCAGAUUGGCAUGCAGAUCUACACCUGUAAUGGCCAGAAGGGCAACAUCGCUGUCAAGCAGAGCCAACAGGAUAGAAACAAUGGAAGCACAACCGCUUCGGAGUUUGUCAACAAAUACGGAUGCAUAGCCAUCGAGCCCCAAGUGUGGAUUGACGGAAUCAACAACCCCGAGUGGGGAGUUACCGAUCUUGAGAUCUUCUCACCCGAGAGCGGACCCGCAGUGAACUAUGGAACCUAUGACUUCUCUACCUUUUAG